UUUCCGCAAGACGAAGCAAGAUCGGAAUUUACGUCGUCGGGGAAAACCUAGUGGCUGCUGCUGUUGGUGUCUCGAAGGUCUCCGAGAAGAAGUCGUUUGAAAUCACCUUUUCACCCCAUUGUGCACGGAGGGAGAUUAGAAUAACUGCAGCGUGUUUGCACGCAGAAGCGAUCAGAUGAACAGUGAAUGCUGAAACGUCCCGAUUGAUUGUUUUUUUCUACGGGGCACUUACCACCACACCGUGCGAGGGGAGCAGAAGUUUCGACUCGCUUGUUUUGUCUCUGCGGGGCAGGCUAUUCUGCAGGAAUGUCGCAGAACGAGAGACCCACGUUUUAUCGACAGGAGCUCAACAAAACCAUAUGGGAGGUCCCGGAGCGCUAUCAGAACUUAUCCCCGGUGGGCUCUGGUGCUUAUGGAUCUGUGUGCUCGGCAUAUGACGUUAAGAGUGAUCUGAAGAUUGCGGUGAAGAAGCUGUCCAGGCCGUUCCAGUCCAUCAUCCACGCUAAGCGGACCUAUCGGGAGCUGCGGCUUCUCAAACACAUGAAGCACGAGAACGUGAUCGGCCUAUUGGAUGUGUUCUCACCAGCCACGAGCCUUGAGGAGUUCACUGAUGUGUAUCUCGUGACCCACCUGAUGGGGGCGGACCUCAACAACAUCGUUAAAUGUCAGAAGUUGACAGACGACCACGUCCAGUUUCUCAUCUACCAGAUCCUCAGGGGGUUAAAGUACAUCCAUUCAGCAGAUAUCAUACACAGGGAUCUAAAACCCAGCAACUUAGCAGUGAAUGAGGACUGUGAGCUGAAGAUCCUGGACUUUGGCCUGGCCCGGCACACCGACGACGAGAUGACUGGCUACGUGGCCACGCGGUGGUACCGCGCACCAGAGAUCAUGCUGAACUGGAUGCACUACAACAUGACGGUGGAUAUCUGGUCGGUGGGCUGCAUCAUGGCGGAACUCCUCACCGGAAGAACGCUCUUCCCGGGCACUGACCAUAUAAACCAGCUGCAGCAGAUAAUGCGCCUGACGGGGACGCCCCCCGUCUCUCUCAUAAGCAGGAUGCCAAGCCACGAGGCAAGGAACUACAUCAACUCACUUCCUCAGAUGCCAAAGAGAAACUUCACUGAUGUGUUCAUCGGCGCGAACCCGCUCGCGGUGGACCUCCUGGAGAAGAUGCUUGUGCUGGACACGGACAAGCGGAUCACAGCCUCGGAGGCUCUCGCCCACGCCUACUUCUCCCAGUACCACGACCCAGACGACGAGCCCGAGGCAGAGCCCUACGACCAGAGCUUCGAAAGCCGGGAGCUGGAGAUCGAGGAAUGGAAGAGACUGACCUACGAGGAGGUGGUGAGCUUCGAGCCGCCGCCCGACGACGGAGACGAGAUGGAAUCCUGAGGGGGUUGGCGCUUCUAUCCUGAGCAACACAAUGACAACACUCUCUAGGACUAUAUCCUUCCCACACACACACACACACACACACACACACACACACACACACACACACACACACACACACACACACACACACACACACACACACACACACACACACACACACACACACACACACACACACACACACACACACACAUUCAAGUGCCUGUCAUCGAUAAGGUUAUUGGUAUGGAACACGGUGAUUUCAGGGGUGUUACGGCCAAUAACCUUUCACUUCAUUUAUGCCUUCCAUAUCCUUCCUCCACAGUUUGUUUCCCGCACUUUUCUCAUGCCCUUCCACUCCCAUCGGUCCAAGGCAGACUUUGAAUCCAAGCACAUUCGUCUUAGUUUUUCUGUGUGUAUGUGUUAGUUAUUUUACUAGCUUUAGUUGAGUCGAAGACACCCUGUGAAUAUCACAAAAAUACUUAUUUGAGCCACACGUUUAAAUACUAUUUUAACAGAUGUAAUUCUAGUGACAAUGUCAUCACAUGGGCUCUUAACUUAUGGCAACUGUCAUCACAGCUGCCAUAUCAGAGUAGAUGUCCUAAUUGCCAAGAACCACUUUCAGUCGAACCUUAACGUGGACCCAGGAUUUCAACUCCUUACUCUCUGGGAAAAUGUAUUUAAACAUGAAUACAUACAAGUUCUAAAGGAUGCAAAGUAUCUAAAGACGUAGUCAUAAGAGACUUGAGGCUAAAUGUAUUUAUUAGUGUUGGAUAUGAGAGCCUAUUUAUUGACUUGCAUAAUAUUAACAGUAAAUAGAGUUAGCGGUUUUUACAUCCCUUUGACCUUUUUACCUUCUUGAAUCUAUGUAUUUCUACUGAGGUUACGCUCUUCCCUCAAAAUAAAAAUAAAAACUGAGCAUAGACACACUGAUGAGAUUGAAAAUACAGUCAAUAUUUUAAAAGCCAUCCAGUAAAAUUGUAAUUACUAUCAGUACUUGUAAAUAUAACAUUAGGGCACUCCCACCAGACAUAAGUUACCGUAUCUGUGUUGAAAUCACAAUCCACUUAAGAUCAACUAAAACUGGAUAUGUAAAAAAAAAAAAGAAGAUCCUAAGGCUCUAUACCAAGUAUACUAUAUAAGGAUCUAGAUGUAUAGAUACCUAAAGAACUUUCUAAAGUAGCAAUUGGCAGUCGUAUCCCAAAGCCUUCAGGGUCAGUUCCUAGUGUUAAACCACAACAUGUCUUAUUUACACAGGAUAGCCUUGGAGACCGUUACCAGACGAUUAGCAAUCUUUUAGUCCGCCUUCUCACCAAUGUCCUCAUGUUUCUACUGUUUGCUCAAAGCACUUCCUGUUGUUGUGCCCCAGGCCAGUGCUGUGGGACGAGGGAGCAUUGGUCAGCCGUCUCGCAGCUGUUUUUCAUUAAUGCGAGAUGGAGUCAGAUUGGGUUAUACAUAUUUUAUUUCUUUUUAAAACCUGGACAUUAUAACUUUGAAUUCAAUCAUGUAUUCCCCUUUUUUUGGUUGCGUUUCUAUUUAUGUUUAUUGAAUGUUGGGCACCGACCUGCUCUGUAUUUAUGAUAUUUUGUUAUUUGUCUUCUGUAUAUUGAUGUAAAAGAGAAUAUGUUAUUUUGUGUCAAUUUUCAAGAAUAUUUUCUAUUUAUGGAGAGUUUCAACCUAUAUCCGAAACCAAAACUAUAUCAGUACUUUAUCAGUAACUUAAGCCAUGGUGACUGCAGCUGUAACUUGUGUAUCAAAAAAAUGCUUGGAAGCCAUUUGAAUAGUUGGAUGAUUGAGCUUGACCAAUUACAUUCCAACACAUUUUCGUUUUUACAGUUGAUUAUGUCAACAUGUGAAAUGUUCACAAUUUCAGUGAAAGCUGUUGCUUUUGAUUUAUUUUGAAUAGCUAGCUUGUCAACACACUGAUUAUUCAAACCUUUUAAUGUUCUUAAACUAUUUCAGAUGAUUGCAAAUUAUUGGUGCAUUUUUAGAGCAAAACUUAUCCCACAGAGGAAACGACCAUAUACACCUAACUGGAGCUUAAUGGCUGUGAAUCCUAUGGCUGCUCUUUUACUAAACAAGGCUGCUUUUAUUUAUAUCAAAAUUAAAUGAAGUGUGCAUGGACAUUUGAGGAUACACAUAUUUUCUGUUGACAUACAAGUUAUAUCCACAGUUGCCAUGAACUACAACCAAUCAGAAGCUUGUUUUUCUUCAUCCACUGCAACUUUGUUCAAUUAUUGCUUGAGCGAUUGUAUGUUAUUUCUUAUGUGUAAGAUUGAUCUGAUUCUGUGAUUCUAUAAUACUUGACAUUAUUUUACGCUACAACUGGAUGCAUUUGCAGAUUUAAGUAGGCUACUUUACUCUGGAGAUUCUUCACCGCAUUACUUUCAAGGCACAUUUUUGUAGCUUGAAGUGUUUGUUUACUCACUGAAUGCUGGUGAAAUUUUUAAGCGGCAUCAUUUGUAGAUUAAUCCAAAAAUGUAUACUUCUUGGCCAAUUGAUUAGGCCCCAAUGUCAAUACGAUAAAUUAUUCUCGUUGCGGUAUUUCUUGGUUUAAAUGUUUUUACUUUUGAAUGGAAUUUUCCUUUAUUCAUUGCUUGAUUCUAUUUCACUAUAGCAGGCCAUGCCACCUGUAAAUAUGAUUAUUAAAAAUAAAGGCAACUAUUUUCAAACAUU